UCUUUUUGACGUUUAUAUCCAGUUGCGGAGUAAUUUUUAAUUGAAAACAAAGCAGCUGUUAUCGAAAAAGGGGGAACAAAAUUAGCUGUUGUUUCUCACGCCCAUGUCAGACAGGCUUGAGGCGCCCGACGCGUGUUGGGUGGCAGCUGUAGGACCCCGCCUGGUUGGAGACGGAGAGAAAGAGAGAAAGGCAGAAACCGGUACAGCGCCUGUCUGUUACCGUUUAUUUUUUUAUUAUCAUCACCACCAUCAGUAUCCCGGUGGUUUACAACAAAGGGAACGGUUGGGAGUGACCGAGAACGCCUGUGUGGAUAUUCAUCUGUUCAUUUCUAGUGCUGUGUUGAAACCGAAGGUUUUUUUGUUUUGUUUUUAUUAACUUACAUUUAUUGGGGACUAUCGCGGCGAUUCAUGAUGAAUACCCUAGAUUCGGUGGAUCGGGUCGAGUUGUGCGAUAGUCUGAUGACAUGGAUACAAACCUUUGGUGUUGAAGCAUCAUGUAAAAAAAUAGAUGAUCUCACGAAUGGGGUUGUGAUGGCUCAAGUUCUUCAAAAAAUAGAUCCUGCAUACUUUGAUGAAAACUGGAUAAACAGGAUCAAAACAGAGGUUGGAGAUAAUUGGAGAUUAAAGAUCAGCAACUUGAAGAAAAUUUUAAAAGGCAUUCUUGACUACAAUCAUGAGAUUUUGGGGCAGCAGAUUAAUGACUUCAUACUCCCGGACGUUAACCUGGUAGGAGAGCACUCUGAUGCUGCUGAGCUCGGAAGAAUGCUGCAGCUCAUUUUGGGCUGUGCUGUUAACUGCGAGCAGAAACAAGAGUAUAUCCAGACAAUUAUGAUGAUGGAGGAGUCUGUUCAACAUGUUGUCAUGACAGCAAUUCAAGAGCUGAUGAGCAAAGAAACUCCAGUGGCGGCAGGGAAUUACGCUUAUGUUGACCUUGAUAAACAGCUUAAGAAAACCGUAGAGGAAUUGAAUGACGCAUUGGCAACAAAAGAAGAAAUCGCACAAAGGUGUCAUGAGCUGGAUAUGCAGGUUGCAGCUCUGCAGGAGGAGAAAGGCAGCUUGCUGGCAGAAAACCAGAUCCUUAUGGAACGACUCAACCAGUCAGACUCCAUCGAAGACCCCAACAGCCCUGCUGGGAGGAGACACCUGCAGCUGCAGUCCCAGUUAGAUCAGCUCCAGGAAGAAACGUUUAGGCAGUCCUUCUCUGACAGUGCAAAUCUGAGCUGGGAUGUGCACCCAUUUCCUUCCACCUUGCAUCCCAGUCCUCUAACUGCUUUACUUUUAAUGUCCACAAGGAGAUUAGAAGCCGCUAAAGAUGAUUACAGGAUACGAUGCGAGGAGCUGGAGAAAGAAAUCGGGGAGCUGCGAGGACAAAAUGAGGAGCUGACAUCGCUGGCAGAUGAAGCCCAGUCUCUGAAGGAUGAGAUGGAUGUCCUUAGGCAUUCUUCAGAUAAGGUGGCCAAACUGGAGGGCAUGGUGGAUUCCUACAAAAAGAAGCUGGAGGAUCUGGGAGACCUGAGGAGACAGGUGAAGCUGCUGGAGGAGAAGAAUACUCUGUACAUGCAGAACACAGUCAGCCUGGAGGAGGAGCUGAGGAAAGCUAAUGCAGCACGCGGGCAGCUGGAAACAUACAAGAGACAGGUUGUGGAGCUCCAGAACAGAUUGUCUGAAGAGUCAAAAAAAGCAGACAAGAUGGAAUUUGAAUACAAAAGGUUAAAAGAAAAAGUGGAUUCUCUACAGAAAGAAAAAGAUCGAUUGCGCACAGAGAGAGACUCCCUGAAAGAAACGAUUGAAGAGCUGCGAUGUGUACAAGCACAGGAAGGCCAACUCACGGCAGGUCUCGUUCCACUGGGCAGUCAGGAUUCCACCGACUGUUUGGCUGCAGAAAUUGUUACACCUGAAUACAGAGAGAGGCUCAUUCGGCUGCAGCAUGAAAACAAGAUACUGAAGCUGAAUCAGGAAGGUUCAGACAAUGAAAAGAUUGCCUUGUUACAGAGCCUAUUGGAGGACGCCAACAGCAGAAAGAAUGAACUGGAGACUGAGAACAGAUUAGUGAACCAGAGGCUGUUGGAGGUACAAUCCCAGGUAGAAGAACUUCAGAAAUCAUUACAAGAGCAGGGCUCAAAGGCGGACGACUCAAUAAUUCUGAAGAAGAAAUACGAAGAGCACUUAGAAAAGUUGCGGGAGGUACAUAGCGAGCUUCAGAAGAAAAGAGCUUAUAUUGAAGAUUUGGAGCCAAAAUACAACAGCAGCUCUCAAAAAGUUGAAGAGUUAGAAGAAGCUUUACGAAAGAAAGAUGAAGAUAUGAAACAAAUGGAAGACAGAUAUAAGAAAUAUCUGGAAAAAGCUAAAAGUGUAAUCAGAACCUUGGAUCCCAAACAGAACCAGGGAUCAGCGCCUGAAGUUCAAGCUCUUAAGAACCAGCUGCAGGAGAGGGAGAGGAUGCUGCAUUCAUUAGAGAAAGAAUAUGAGAAGACAAAAGGCCAGAGAGAUCAUGAAGAGAAGCUGAUAGUUUCUGCUUGGUACAAUAUGGGGAUGGCCCUCCAGAAGAAAGCUGCAGAGGACAGGCUCGCCAGCACUGGUUCGGGCCAGUCGUUUCUUGCACGUCAAAGGCAGGCAACCAGCGCAAGAAGGUCAUAUCCUGGGCACGUCCAGCCAGCUACAGCCAGCCAUGGCUGCCUAACCUUUUUACAAGGCUUAACAGUGGAUUGUAGCUUAACCCUACCUCAGCGGCUGCUUCCAGGACAGUUAAGAUCACAUUUAUUUUGUUACUCUGUAUUAUUUUAUAUUACCAGGUUAUUUCUUACAAAGCCACUUAGUAUUAACUUCAAAGUUACAUUAUGUCAUGAGUAAAACUACAAGCAGACUAACAAUUUGGAUAAAACUAAUUUUUUGAAUAUUUAUUAUUAAUAUAUUUCAAAUGGUUUAAUCAGAGAUAUCAUUAUCUCCAAACCUGAGCAAUACUUCCAUAUAUGAAUGAUGGAAACUUUAGAACAAAUUAUAUUUUAUAUUGUGCAAAUAGUGAGUCCCUUUUUGAUAACCGGGGAAAGAUUACCUGGUUGCAGCAGAGAAAACACCACCUUUUAUACAUGACUUCAUACAGUAAUGGAAGCAUACAUUUGCGCUGCGGUUUUCUUCAUUUGAGACAAGGUACCCCUGAAUCCACAACAUUGUUUGUGUUUAAAAUGAAGAAAUAAGGUAGUUAGGAAGAAACAUUUUAAUGUAUUUGAAUAGCUAUGACUUUAUAGUCAAUAAAAAACGCAUCAUUUCACAAUGCCAGCAACCAAUCAAUAAAAAUUCAAAUCAAAAUCUAUCUUUGCAAAAUUGCCUUACUAUAUGCACCUGAAUAUAAAUUACACCUUUUACAUUUUUAUAUCAAUGUACACAUAAAACAGACGGAAAUCUGUGUUUCUGUUUUUGAAGAAUGAAAGGGUUUGCGCUGAUUUUAUUAUUGUUUGUUUGUUUGUUUGUUUGUUUGUUUGUAAAGGGAGGGACUUAGUGGAUCAGGGGCCACCAUUGGGCACUAAUGGGAACAGGCAGUCUCUCAAGAGAGACCAAGGAUUGGGGUGAACUAAUCUCUCUAACCUCUAACACCUUCAGGGCAGGGUAGGGAAGCACUAAAAUUCACUGUGUACACAAAAUUAUUUCACAGGAUAUGACAAAAAAAAUAGUUCUGUGUUGUUUAAGCACAAAAAUGAGCACCAUUACAAAAAUUCACUAUACACAAAAUUAUUUCACGGAAUAGGACAAAAAAACACAACAAUUAUAUGUUAUUUAUGGUGAGCUACGUUAUUUUCUUUUUUCACUUUUCUUAAAACUUUCGCACUGAAAAUCACGAAUUUUAAAAAUACUGUACACACUUACAACCAAACAUUUAAACCAAAACCACCAGAGAAGAUGCAAAUAGCAAAACAGUGAUGUAAAACCCCAUUACAAAAAUGAGCAUUUUCAUUACUUAAAUAUUGAAAAAAGUCUGUACGGAUUUAUAUUUAAAAUGUUUUCAUUCUAUUGCUGAAUAUUUAAAAUCUUUUUUUUUUUAAUUCCUUGCCAAACUGUCAAAACUGACAGUGGUGUUAUAGAAUCUGAAUUUGGCCAAUAUGAAAUACACAUUUAUAUAUUGAUGUUUUCUAGUCAAAUGUGACAAAAUGUGGUCUCUGUAUUCAGGGAAAAUUCAUGUGUAUUUGAACAAUGGUUUUCCGAAAUUCAGCGAAUUGCUACUGACAAUUGUGUGCUUCCAUUAGUUUGUCAAUUUAUUUUAUAUUGGCAUCUCUGCUUAAAAGUCCCUUGAACAAAAGCCACAUAUAGUCUCAGUCUCUGCCAGCAAAUAAUUACAAUGAUUCUUCCACUUGUUUUUUGUUUAGCCCUCUCCCCUUAUGAACAUUGUGGGUAAAGGGUCACAUCAUUAUUGUUUGUCUUUGUCCUUUUGGUUUUGUGUUAUUUUUGAAAAUUCACAAUUCUAUGCAGUGAACCUUUAGCAGAAUGUGGUAGUAUACCCUAACAAGGUUUUAUAUCAACACAAAUGUACAGCAUGGUGAGCGUGUUUAUCACAAACUCUGAUUUAGAUUUUAUCAGUUUAAAUAAAUGAAGUGUCUUUGUGUAUAAAUGUGUGAUUUGUGGUUUUAAGUUGCAGCAGUAGAACAAGAUGAUUCUAAUUUUAGAUGUUUUUUUUUAUAUUAUUAUUAUUAUUAUUUGCAUGUUUAAAACAUUAUUUUCGCUUUCCAAAUGCAUAUGCAAGUAUAAUAUGAAUUUCAAUACAACAUGGAAACCAUUUUAAGAGUUGUAAGUUUGAGUCAUGUUGCCAUGUGGGCUACCAGCUAAAACCACUGAAGUAGACAGAAGGGUUUCUAUGGCUGUGUAGGUCCUUCGUGCUAAAUUUCUUGGUGGUUCCCAAGUUUAAUACUGUUGUGUUUUUGAUUAAAAUGUAUUUUUACAGA